CGUCUAGGUUUCGUCACCAAUAUUCAUCUCUCUCUCUCUCUCUCUCUCUCUCUCUCUCGAUCGACACUGACAUACAUCAUACACGCGUACGUUCCCACUGAUCAAUUUUCAUCUGGCGACCUUUUUUCUCUCAUCGUCUUCUUCUGCACUACCUAUUCGGAGCUUCUCCGCAGCAGCAUCUUCAAUGGCUUCAUCAGCUGCCACCAUAGCCUUCAGCUCCGUCAAAAUUCCCGAGAAACUCGCCACUUCCUGUCUCCCAAUCGCUCGCCAAAUCACUCAUUUACGCUCUCCGUUCCGACCUAGCCCCGCCUUGCAAUGUCGCUGGUCCUCUUCUUCAGGUAUCAGAGCUCAGAUCUCGGCAGUUGAAGAAGCAGGUGUAGGCAUUGGACAGAAUGUUGAAGCUCCUGUUGUUGUUGUCACUGGAGCUUCUAGAGGUAUUGGCAAGGCUAUUGCUUUAACUCUGGGGAAAGCUGGUUGUAAGGUGCUGGUGAACUAUGCAAGGUCGUCAAAAGAGGCUGAAGCGGUUUCAAAGGAGAUUGAGGAAUGUGGUGGCCAAGCGCUAACCUUUGGAGGUGAUGUUUCAAAAGAAGCAGAUGUGGAAUCAAUGGUUAAAACAGCAGUUGAUCAAUGGGGAACAAUUGACGUAUUGAUAAACAAUGCAGGCAUAACGAGGGAUGGGCUAUUGAUGAGGAUGAAAAAAUCCCAGUGGCAGGAGGUUAUUGAUUUGAAUCUUACAGGAGUAUUUCUUUGCACACAGGCGGCAGCAAAGAUAAUGAUGAAAAAGAAAAAGGGAAGAAUAAUCAAUAUCGCAUCUGUUGUUGGUUUGGUUGGAAAUGCUGGGCAAGCCAAUUAUAGUGCUGCAAAAGCAGGAGUGAUUGGAUUUACCAAGAGUGUUGCAAAGGAAUAUGCAAGCAGGAAUUUAAAUGUUAAUGCCGUGGCUCCAGGGUUUAUUGCAUCUGAUAUGACUACAAAGCUUGGAGAGGACAUCGAAAAGAAAAUUUUGGAGACCAUCCCCUUGAGACGAUAUGGUCAACCGGAAGAAGUAGCUGGGUUAGUGGAAUUCUUGGCUCUUAAUCCUGCUGCUGCUUACAUUACCGGACAGGUUUUCACCAUCGAUGGCGGGAUGGUGAUGUAGGCGGAUUCUUGCAAUCAAAUAAAGUCCGAUUAAUGACGUCCGGGGAUUCAGGAACGUUCGUGCAGAAGUUCCCUUUGAGAUUGCAGAGAGUGUAGAGAGAAGUAGCUUGCUAGGAAGUUCGAGAUACAGGUAGUUUUUGACGCGAAGUUUCUCGAGACAGCCAUGUUAUAGGUUUUGAACGUGGGAAUUGUUUCCUUUUCAUGUACUUCUUUCCGCUGCCUCCAAAAGAUUUUUAACCGAGUGGAUUUCAUGAUCAGAAUCCGAUGAAUGGUGUUUCCAACUUGUUCAUGUAACCAUAUAUAAUUUGUAACGCGAGCAAAUAUAA